UCAUGAAAAUUAUCUUUCAAGUCAACUUUCCAGUUUCCAACUCAACAUUUUAUAUUAACAUGUUCCUAAUUCCUAUGAUGUGUACUAACUGUUAUAUAAAUUUGUUUUAUAAAUGAUUACAUAUCAAUUUCUAAUAGGUAUUAACCCUACUCAUUCAGGGUUACGUAUAUAAUAUCCAUAACUUUUUCACUUUCAUAUUUACUGUAUCCGUAUUCCAUAGCUAUUAUUUAACAAAAUCGUCAUUUUUAUCACAACAUUAACAAAAUAAUGUUUCUUCUAACUUAGUUUGUUUAUAUUUUAUAUAAAGAAAUAUAAAAUGUCUGAAGUAAAAGGAACAAAAGCUUUGGAAUUAUGGUGCAAACGUCUCGUCAAAGGUUGUCCCCAUGUUCAAAUAGAAAACAUGACUACAUCUUGGAGGAAUGGAAUUGCUUUCUGUGCACUUGUACAUCAUUUUAGACCUGACUUAAUUGAUCUUACAAAACUAAAUCCAGAAAACAUAUUUGAAAACAAUCAGCUAGCCUAUAGUAUUGCUGAAAAGCAUUUAGGUAUACCCGCACUGUUAGAUGCAGAAGACAUGGUCGAGAAUGAUGUUCCAGAUAGAUUAUCAAUAUUGACAUAUUUGUCUCAAUUUUAUCAACGUCUUGGUCAUACUGUAAAUGCUAAAGUUUCAGAAAGUGAAGCAAAAUCAUCACAGUCUUCACAGAUAACAACACCAAUCAAAUUUGGAAAAGUGGCUUUGGAUAAAUGCGCCGUUUGUGGACUUCCUGUAUACUUAGCACAAAGACUCAUUGUGUCACAGAGAUUGUAUCACAGGCAAUGCUUCCGAUGUUCUAAAUGUUCUGGACAUUUGAAUCCUAAAAAUUUUCACAUGUUGAAUGCAAAUGAAUUUUCUUGUGACUCUUGUAAAAAUGAAAAGACUGUCAUAUCUAAAUAUCUUAAUAAUAAUGAUCAAAUGGGAAUGUUGGCAUUUUGUAAUGAUGAUAAUAUGUCAAAUAGCACGAAUUUGGAUAUAGAAAAGGAAGACUCUAUUGUAAAAAAGGAAAAAACAAGACCAAAAUCAAUAUUAGAAAAAAUAAAUAUGUUUGAAAAUAAUAUAGAUAAAGAAAACAGUAUUGAAAGUAAAAUAGGAAAUCUUAGUAUAAAAGAUAAUAGUAUUGAUGAAUGUAAAUAUAAGGAUAUAAAUAUUAGUGCUAAUGAUGAUGCUAAAGACAGAGAUGGUACUAGCAGUGCUAUAAAAAAUGAAGAACAAAUUAGUUUAAAUAGUUCCAUUGAUUUAAGAACAGAGAGUGAUAAAGAUAGAAAUGAUAUGUCAAAAAUAGAUACACCAGAAAUAAAAUAUACUAGUACUAUUGAAAAAUUAACUUUUUUACAAACACAAUUAUCUGAAGAAGCAAAUUUUGAUAAUUACUCAAAUCCAAUUAAAGUAAUCAAUACAAGUAUUGAAAAUGUUUUGCCAAAAACAGAGCAAACAGAUACCAAAAGUUGGUCAAAAGAUAUGCCAAUUAACAUAACAGAUGAUAGCCGAUUAGCACAAACUAAUAAAAAUUUAGAUAUUAGUGUAACAUUAGACAUUUCCCAUAAAGAGGAGAUUGACAAAGAUUUAUGUGAAAAGGAAGUUAAAAUAAAUGUACCUCCAAGGAGAAAGAAAAUAAAUAAUCCUGAAAAGAAAAUUGAAACAAUUACUGAAAUGAAGCAAACAAAGAAUAAGAGUUAUCCUGAUCAUUUAAAUCCAUUUUCUGACGACGAAGAAGAGAAUGAUACAAAAGAUUCAACUAAGAAAGACAGUACUAAUCCAUUUGGUAGUAGUGAUGAGGAAGAUGAUGAGGUUCCUUCGAUACAAUUGCCAGCGGCAAAUGUACAGACAUCAACACCUGUAAGACGCCAUAUCAAAGCAUACAAUCCAUUUUGGUCCGAUGGAGAAGAACCAUCGUCAGAUGAAGAUUAUGAUAGUAUGAGUUCCAGUAUGCACAAAGGGUCAAUAACGGCGAGUACUCCAAAUCUUCCUUCGGGAACUCCCCGGCGAAGGAAACCCAAAGCUCCGCCUCCGCCUACCAUAAAUGUCGAGUAUUCGGCUCCAACUACAUCUAUGGAUGAUGUCGCUAGCAUUUCUUCUGUCAGCUCGCAUGCUUCAACUAUACACUCUGACCAGAAAUCAAUUGGUAAACUGACGCCAAGAUCAAAGAAGAGACGGCUGGCCCCAACCCCUCCCGAUACUCGGUCUAUGGCUUCAGGCUAUGGCGCCUCACUUGAAGCAGAUAUUUCUUUACGGAGUAACGCUUCUGAUGGUCGUAAGAAAGGUCCCGCACCUGGUCUUCCCCUACCAGAACGGCGUGAAGUGAAGAUGCAAAUGACUCCUGAAGAAUUACAAGUGCAGUUGGACUUGCUGGAGACGCAACAACUCGGCCUCGAAAGGCAGGGCGUGCUUAUAGAACAAAUGAUACGCGACAAGUGUGAGGGUGACGAAGGUGUUACAGCGCCGCAAGAAGAAAUAGAGGACUUGGUUAUACAGCUGUGUGAGCUGGUCAAUGAGAAGAAUGACUUGUUUAGGAAACAAACAGAACUUAUGUAUAUUCGUAGACAACAAAGACUGGAGCAGGAGCAAGCAGACAUUGAACAUGAGAUUCGAGUGAUUCAGUCGAGACCAGUCGUCAACAGGAUUGAUGCUGAUAAAGCCCGUGAAGAACAGCUAGUCUGUCGUCUGGUGGAAAUAGUGCGCAUGCGUGACGAGUUAGUGCAGCAAGUAGACGCUGAGAGAAGACGCGAGAGGCAAGAAGACCGUGCCAUUGCCGCCUCCAUAGCUGCUAAACGAGCUCAAAGAAAUAGUGACUCCACAAGCUCGUCAAUCAAAUCGUCAGAUGUUGUGACACCGAUCAAGAAAAAUAAAGUAAAAGACAAAGUAAAGAAGCAAUUUAAGAAAGCAAAACAUACGCUUAUUGCUAAGAAAAAAGACGAAGACAAAAAACCAAAAUGACUCAGAUCUUUAUAUAUUAUAUUAAAGGGUACUUAAUAAUAGACUGAUAUUCAAAGACAUUCCAUGUUAUGUUUACUUUACACUAUUAUAGUUAUAAAAAUUUGUUACUCAUAUCAUUGAAAUUAUUGCCAUAACAUGUAGAGUAUAUGUUUGAUAUUAUUUCUUUUCAGUCUUCUUUGUUAAGUUGAUAUAUGUUACUUCUUACAAGUUUAGUACAGGCAGUCCUCGUACUUACGGCAUGUUAGGUUCACGAAAUACGCGACGUAAAUCGAAUCGAAAGGGUUAGGGUCGACACGGACUCGAAAUUAAAAAAAAACUGCAUUUAUAACAAAGGAUAUACAUACUUUCUUAUGGCAAGUUCUUAAAAUAAUUAUAUAUGCAUUUAUGAAAUUUUAAUAAUAAUUAUAAAACUUUAAUAUGUUAUCAAAAUAUGUAAUGAGAAAUAAUAAAUUAAACUUUUGGCUUAAUGAAUCUAUCAAUUCUAGAUUGAUUCGCUUCUUUCUUCUUGCUAUCAGACAGAUCUUGGUAACACUGAUAGGCGGCACAAAUUUUGUUAUUAACGUUGAAACUUCUCUCAAAAUUACGAUCAUUUUCUUCAAAAAAUUUCAUGGUAUUCUCCAAAUUUGCACAAGACUAGUGAAUUCUCCUAUGCCGGAAAUCGAAACAAAUGACGUAUGCUUGAGGAAUAAUGGCAAAAUAUUGUUCCACGUAACUUGAAACGACGUAAGUCGAGGACUGCCUGUACACACAAUUGUGGUAAAAUACCUAACAAAUUUGGAUUAGUUUAAGACAAAACAAACGCACGUGGGGUUCUGUACUACGAAUUUUAAUAUUGCAAGGAUAUUGAUACACUCCAACGCAAACUUAGCGGAUUAAAUUGUAUGUAACGAUGCGCACAAAUCAAUUUAUGGUACGGUCGAUCCUACCUUUUAUAUAUUCUUUACUGUACGUGUCCGUUUUUCCAUUGCAAUAUCCGUAUUUAAUGUGGAAUGCUGUAAAGUGUCCUAAGAAUACGCGGCCUUAAACUUUAUAGAUUUUACAAAUUGUUAUAUUUAUUUACGUAUGCACUAAAUGUUACCGAAUUAUAUUUGAAUCUCAAACAACCUUAUGUCGUACUUCGAUAUACAUAUGGGACUAUAUGUAUUAGAAGAGUCUAUCAGCCAUAUUAUAUUUUUCUUAUUUGAUAGUCUAUUUAGUGAGAGACUGCCUUCUAAUAUAAUUUAUACACACAAGUUCCAAUAAAAGCACAGAUUUAUUAAGACCUUGCUAACUUAUAUAUCCCUGAUUUGCUUGUCUUGAUUAUAUCAUUAAAAAGCUUAUUAAGAGAUUAGCUUUAGUUUCACCCUUUGACCUCAUUACUUGGAAAACAUAGUCUUGGCUGUACUAAAUUGGAGUAACGAGGAUAUAGAACAAGGCUUGUUAAAUAAACUCAACUUUUAUUUUGAUUAUUGUGGCAGCUAGCUUAUAAAUUGCAAGAAAUAGAAUAAAUUUACUAGGUGUUUUAUACAAAAAGUUCAUUUUUUGAGUAAAAUUAUUUAAAAGUUAAAUUGACAUUAUAGGACCAUAAGAUUAUAUUGAGAUAAAAAAAAUAACAUUUUAACAUCAUUUAUUAAAAAAAAUACUUUUAGUAGUAGUGAAACACAAGAUUAAAGAUAAAUUGGAAUUGUUUAAGGGUCAAUUUUUUGAAUACUUAUUAUAUCAAUUUAUUGUCACAGGGUGAAAACAUAUAAUGGCAUCAUCAGAACAACCAUAUUUUUGCUUAAUUUAUUAACAAAUAUACUAACAUAUUAACAUAUUAUUAAGAGCACAUACAUGUCGUAAACAUGCACAAAAAAUAUUAUGAAAAAUAAAAGAUUACACACUGUUA